ACGUUGUCGCCUCGUCAUUUUGAUGCGACUAUUUCGAUCAUAAAGAAAAGAAGAAAAAGAAAAAGAAAAUGCGUAAUAUGCAUACAUAGCUUUCGUUUCUAUAACCACUGAAAAGCUGUUUUUUAUUUGCCCAUCUUCGAUUGCAUUUACUCACAACCAAGACUUCACUCGAAUGCCCCAACAAUGACGGCAACCAAGCUUUUAAGGACGUCCAUGAGCGUCCUCUGGCGCCCACGCCAGGUUAGGACGAGUGCAGUCACCUACAGCAUCUGCAACCUCGCCACGCGACGAGCAGUACACUCCAGCUCCAAGCCAUUAUGGGCUGUGGUACCGCGGCGUCCGAAGCUACAGACACAGCAGCUGCGGGGAGGCAUAUCAGGCGGUGCGGACAGCCGACGAACAAUCUUUAUUCAGACAGAGCCUACGCCAAACUCGGAUGCUUUGAAGUUCCUACCAAACCACCGCGUGCUGCCCGAAGAUAUUUCAACUCCAUUCAUCGAAUAUCUUAACCCGCGCUCAACGAUCGCACCGCCUUACCCCUCGCCACUGGCCGCGCAGCUUAUGAACAUUGACGGCGUGCAGUCCGUCUUCUACGGCGCCGAUUUCAUAACCGUGACGAAGGCUUCUGACGCCAACUGGGCGCACAUCCGACCUGAGAUAUUCUCCCUCAUCACGGAAGCCAUCACCUCGGGACAGAAGAUCGUCAACAUUGUGGAGCGCACCGAUGCGUCAGGGGAAGAUGGCCAGGAGACGAGCGGUGAGGUGGACAGUCUGAGCUACAACGAGAACGACAGUGAAGUCGUCGGAAUGAUCAAGGAGCUACUGGAGACGCGCAUCAGGCCUGCCAUCCAAGAGGAUGGCGGUGAUAUUGAGUUCCGGGGAUUCGAGGAUGGUAACGUCCUACUUAAGCUCCGUGGCGCCUGCCGGACGUGCGACUCCAGCACUGUUACGCUCAAGAAUGGUAUUGAGGGUAUGCUGAUGCAUUAUAUCGAGGAAGUUCAAGGAGUUAUCCAGGUUAUGGACCCGGAGGAGGAGAUUGCUGCUAAAGAGUUUGCCAAGUUUGAGGAGAAGCUGCGUGCUCAAAAGGGCGAGGCUCCCCCUUCGACUGUUGGCAAGGGGUCCUUAGACACAGUUUCGGGCUAAUUCUUGACGAAGGCUUUGUGAUGAUACAGAUAGAAGCUGCUUGUAGUUUCUUAUUUUUCGGCUGUACUCAUAAUUUGCAGAUAAAGAGGGCCUUGAUUUCAGCUGUAUUAUAACUGCAAUAUAUAUCUUAAUACCCCGCUGCUUAUUCAUUCAAUGAGUUUCCGUCAUCAAA